AUGACAGAAACAUUAAGAAUCUGGAGAAGCAGGUCCAAAAGCUAUAAAAGAUCUGAUAUACAAGCAGAAGUUGAUGCAGCAAAAAGUCAAAGUGAAAGUAUUAAAACUACUGUUGAACGGUGGUUGACACAGGCGGGCGAACUUAGUAAUGAUGCCAACAAAUUCUUUGAAGAUGAAGUCAAACCGAACAAGGGGUGCCUGAAUGGGUGGUGUCCAUAUCUGAAGUCACGCUACUCAUUGAGCAGGAAAGCUACAAAGAAAACUCAAGGCUUGGAGAAGCUAUUUGGGGAUGGAAAUUUCUCUGGGGUUUCCAUCCCUGCAGUUGCAUCUCAUGUGGGGACAAAGUUCACAUCCAUGGGAGGAUUUAAAGAGUUUGAAUCUAGAAAGUCGAUUGUGAAUGAAGUUAUGGAGGCACUGACCCAUGAUAGUAUCUAUGUGAUUGGGAUAUGUGGGAUGGGAGGGGUUGGUAAGACAACUAUGCUAAAAGAAGUUGCCAAGAAAGUGGAAGAAAAGAAAAUGUUCGAUACUACUGUGAUGGUAGUAGUGUCCCAAAAACCAAACUUGAUUAAUAUUCAAGGUGAGAUAGCCAAAAUAUUGGAUUUAAAAAUUUUUGGAGGAAACAAUUUACCUACUGGAGCGGGGGAGAUACGAUCAAAAAUAUUGAGCAUUGGAAGAGUCCUUGUAAUAUUGGAUGAUGUGUGGAAGAGACUAGAAUUGAAUGACAUUGGAAUUCCAUUUGGAGAAAAUCACAAGGGUUGCAAAAUUGUGAUGACUUCAAGAAGUAAAGAUGUAUGCAACGGCAUGGACACACAGAAGAAUUUUAAAGUUGGUGUCUUAGAUGAAGGAGAAGCAUGGAAUCUCUUCAAGGAGAUGGCUGGAAUUCCCUACGACGAUACAAGUCAUAAGAUUGAUUUCAAGUCAGCACAGAAGGCAGUUGCGAAGGAAUGUGGAGGUCUGCCCGUUGCUAUUGUUACAGUUGGGAGGGCACUCAAAGGUAAAGGCAAGCCUUCAUGGGAUUCUGCUCUUGAACAAUUACGGAAGGCUAUAGUUAAUAACAUCAAGGGAGUGUAUGAAAAUGUGUUUAAAUCUUUCGAGUUGAGUUACAAUUUCUUAGAAAGUAAGGAAGCCAAGAAAUGCUUUUUGCUAUGUUCUUUAUAUCCAGAAAAUUUUGCUAUUCCAAUUGAAGAUCUUAUUAGAUAUGCAAUUGGGAUAGAGUUGUUUGAGCGCAUUGAUAGUGUGCACCAAGCAAGAAACAGAGUAUAUUCCAUAGUUGAUGACUUGAAAAAAUGCUAUCUAUUGAUGGAAAGUGAAAAAGUAGAGUGUAUCAAAAUGCAUGAUGUCGUACGUGAUGUGGCUAUAUCAAUUGCAUCUAGGGAGGAGCAUUCGAUUGUCGUGAGAUGUGAUGAAGUAUUGAAAGAAUGGCCCACGAAAGACCGACUCGAAAAAAACGCUAUAAUUUCAUUAAAAGUUGAUGGUAUGCAUGGGCUUCCUGGUAAUUUAGAAUUUCCAAAUCUCCAUCUUCUAAAGCUAGAUUGCAAUGCUGGAUUACCACCAAUCUCAUUAGGUGAUCUCAACAAAGGAAUGGAGGAAGUCAAAGUACAAGAGACCCAAGACAGUUUUUACCAAGGAAUGAAAGAACUUAAAGUGCUAGCUUUAUCCGAUAUGUACGGCUCAUUGCCGACAUCACUUCGAUGCUUGACCAACCUCCGAACCUUGUCACUUUUUCGUUGCCGACUUAUUGAUGAUGGUAUCUCUGUUAUCGGAGCAUUAGAGAACCUGGAAAUUUUGAGGUUUGGCGACUCUUAUAUCAAGGAAUUGCCAAAAGAAAUAAUAGGUCACCGUGCUCACUUGAAGGUACUUGAUUUGUUGGGAUGUGUAGUGGAAAGGAUUUACCCAGGGGUUUUGUCAAGCUUAUCAAAGCUAGAAGAGUUGUAUGUUGGGUCUAUAUUUCGAAGUUGGUGUGAAGUUGAAGAAAGCAAAGAAGGUGCUAAAGCAAUUAUCGAUGAGCUGGCGUCCUUGUCCAAUUUGGUGGCUUUGGAUAUUGCUCUAAUAAACAUUUCUUCUGGCCGAGAGGUUUGGUCAUUGAGAAGUUAA